AAAAAAAGAGCCAAAAAUGGGAAGGCCUCCUUCUUGUGAUGAGAAUGGCCUCAAGAAAGGCCCUUGGACACCUGAAGAAGACCAACAGCUUGUCAAAUAUAUCCAGAAACAUGGACAUGGAAGCUGGAGAGCCCUUCCGAAACUUGCAGGGCUUAACAGAUGCGGAAAGAGUUGCAGAUUAAGAUGGACAAACUACUUAAGGCCUGACAUCAAGAGAGGGAAAUUUUCCGAAGAAGAAGAACAAACAAUUCUGAAUCUCCAUGCCGUUCUUGGCAACAAAUGGUCGGCAAUCGCUAGUCGCUUACCUGGACGGACGGACAAUGAAAUCAAGAAUUUCUGGAACACCCAUCUGAAGAAAAAGCUUAUUCAUAUGGGAUUUGAUCCCAUGACACACCGGCCUCGAACUGAUAUCUUGUCAAGCUUGCCUCAUCUUAUUGCUCUGGCUAAUUUGAAAGAGCUUAUUGAUCAUCACUCCUGGGAAGAACAGGCUUUGAGACUACAAUCUGCGGAGGCCGUUCAAAUGGCUAGGCUUCAGUACCUGCAAUGUCUCCUCCAACCUCUCCCUUCCAAUGGAAGUACUACCGCAAACAGCAUAAAUAGUUUCACUGAAAUGGAGAUUAUUAAUCAUAUCAAAGAUAACUUAGGAUUGGGUGCAUCUCAUUUGGACACCCCAACACCAUCCCUUGGAACUUCCACCGGCCUUCAACCAGGCCAUGACGCAAUCCCUUUCUCUCAUUUGCCUGACCUUCAGAUCCCUUGCAAUGACUAUCAAACGCCGCUAAACAAGGAGAAUAGUGUUCAAGCUCCUGAGUUUACCGCGUUGAUCCAAGGGGAAAGCUCUCUCAAUUCUCCAUGGCUUGCUUCAUCUUCAAGUACUCCAUCUCCUUCUGUGGUUCCGCCCAUGACAGAGACUUCCUUGAACAACUUAGGCGAUGCUUGCAGUACUUCAAGCUACGGAGAAGCUGCCCCUUCCAUUUGGCCUGAUCUCCUCCUUGAGGACCUUUUGUUUCAUGAGAUUUCUUAGACGUUCUAGAUGUGUGUGAAAGGUUUGCACGCGCGCAGUUGCACCACCACCAUUCACUGUCAUAAUAAUUCAUCAUCAUCGGCCGGCCGGGUUCUUUCUGUUCUGCCUUUUCUGCCCUACUUUACAUGUUCAUUAUUAUAUAUAUGUAGCUUAUUUUAUCUUC